AUGGCGCCCGGGUCUGGGGCGCGCCUUGGCGGCCCUGCCCACCUCUCGCGCCUGGGCUCCGGCUGCAGGCAGCGCAGCUCUAGGCUCGGUGAGAGCAGCAGGAGUCCCUGCGGCCUCUGCCUUCUACCCUGUGUCCUCACUCGUCUUCCUUCAGACACACUAACGCUCCCCUGUUACCCUCAUGGUGUCCCCAAAGGCUUAGAAGGGCAGCUGCAGUGGUCCCCAGAGGGCUGUAGGAAUGUGAAUUUGGGGGGACACCAUUUUCCCGUGAUACCCCUCUAUGGCUCGGGAGCCUGGGUGUGUCAAGGGGGUGCAGCCCGGGCCCCUCUGACCGUGGACUCGCAAUGCCCCCUUUUUUCUGUCUGCAGGUCCUGGACACUGCUGCGGGCUGCCCUGCUGCGUCGGGGGUCCCAGGGUGCAGGGCGGCGCUCCAAGGGCCGCUCGGGGACAGAGCAGCGCUGGCUGCAGCGGCAGCUGACCGACCCCUUCGUGAAGGCGGCGCGCGCCCAGAGCUACCGAUGCCGAAGCGCCUUCAAGCUGCUGGAGAUGGACGCCAGGCACCGGCUGCUGCGGCCUGGCCUCCGUGUGCUGGACUGUGGCGCCGCGCCAGGCUCCUGGAGUCAGGUGGCCGUGCCCAGAGUCAACGCUGCCGGCACAGACCCCGGCUCCCCCGUGGGCUUCGUGCUGGGGGUGGACCUUCUGCACAUCCCCCCACUGGAGGGGGCCACCUUCCUGUGUCCAGCUGACGUGACCGACCCUGCUGUGGUGUGCAGGAUCCGAGAGCUGCUUCCCGGGGGCACGGCCGACGUGCUGCUGAGCGACAUGGCACCCAACGCCACGGGGAUCCGGGCCCUGGAUCACGACAAGCUCAUCGGACUGUGCCUGCACCUCGUGGACCUGGCCACGGACCUCCUGCAGCCGGGGGGCACGCUGCUCUGCAAGACUUGGGCUGGCGGGCAGAGCCAGCGGCUGGAGAAGCGACUGAGAGGGGCCUUCCAGAGCGUGCAGGCCGUCAAGCCAGAGGCCAGCAGGAGCCAGUCGGCAGAGGUGUACCUGCUGGCCACGUGCCACCGUGGUGGGGGGCCUCGGUGAAGGGGCCUCUCCUGGCACUGUGAGCUGGGAGACGAGGCAGGGCAGCCCAAGCCUGUCCCAGGGCCGCAGCCCGGGGCUCCGUGUGAGCUGCAGCCUGAGGCUGAGGCUGCAGUGCCCGGCUGGCGCUCAGGCGGGCCGGACCUCGGCCACGGACACUGCCCGCUGUCCAGUGAGAGCCCUGCCUGAGGCCCAGCCUCCCAGCAGGCCGCGUGGCUUGCGGAGAGCCCAGGUUUCAAACAGCCUGGGCCGGCUCUUGGGUGUACAGUGUGCAAAGGUGUGUGCCGGCACCUGGCCGCCAAGUCCAUGUGUCCUCAGCAAGGCAGCUUUCUGCAAGAGCGUGGGUGGCAUUGUCGCAGGUGUCCAUACUUCUAGAAUAAAAGCA